AUGCAAAUCCCAACUCCCAAGGAUUCUGUCCAUGAAUCUGCACUUUUCCGGGAAACAACUGAGGACCUUCGAUUUGCUUUUGUCUUUGUACUUGUUUUGGGUCUUGCUGCACUGAAACGGGACUUGCUGAGCUGCCAGAUGUGGAUAGUUGGCGUUUACAUUGCUAUUGCUGCAAUUGCAUUUGGGUUAAGUGUUGCUACUGCAGCAGCUUUCCUACUCUUUCAGUGGAAGAGGAGGAAGCAUGGCCAAUGUAAGAAUGCAGAUGUUGAGCUGCAACAGCUUAGUUUGAGCGUAAGAACUACCAGCGAGAAGAAAGUUUCAUUCGACGGAUCCAAUGACGAUUCUCUUAACAGUCACACGAUCGACACCACCCCACAUAAAACAGUACUGGUUGAGACAUAUGGUACUGAAGAACUGAGAAAGGCGACAGAGGAUUUCAGUUCAGCUAAUCUCAUUGAGGAUUCUGUAUUCCAUGGUCGUCUAAAUGGAAAGAACUUGGCGAUAAAGCGUACAUCGAUGGAAACCAUCUCAAAGAUUGAGCUUGGGCUUUUUUAUGAUGCCAUCCACCAUCAUCCCAAUAUAAUCAGGCUUUUAGGGACCUCCAGCAGUAUGACAGAGGGCUCUGAGUCUGAUUCCUUCUUGGUUUUUGAAUAUGCAAGGAAUGGAUCAUUGAAGGACUGGCUUCACGGUGGAUUGGCCAUGAAGAGCCAAUUCAUUGAGUCCUGCUAUUGCUUCUUGACUUGGAAUCAAAGGCUGAAGAUCUGCCUAGAUGUAGCCACAGCCAUACAGUUCAUGCACCACAUUAUGCAUCCUGCUUAUGUCCACAGAAAUAUAAAGAGUCGAAACGUAUUCUUAGAUGAAGAUUUCAAUGCAAAAGUUGGAAAUUUUGCUAUGGCUAGAUGUGUUGAAGACAGGGUAGAAGACCAGCAAUCUAACCCAAGCCCACCUGCCUCCUGGACUAAAGGGUAUUUGGCGCCUGAGUAUCUUCAACAGGGUGUAAUUGCACCAAGCAUAGACAUUUUUGCUUUCGGCGUCAUUUUGCUUGAGAUUUUGUCUGGACAAACACCAAUGAUAAGGGCUCACCUCAACGGUGAUGAUUACAUUUGUUUGUCUCAGAAAAUCAAGUUCAUCUUGCAGUCCGAUAACGCCGAAGAACUGAGGGAGUGGAUAGACAAUGCACUGGGAGAGAAUUAUUCAUUUGAUGCAGCAGUAACUUUAGCCAACCUUGCAAGAGCCUGUGUCGAAGAUGAUGCAUCUUUAAGGCCGAAUGCAGGAGAAAUUGUUGAAAAGUUAUCAAGAUUAGUUGAAGAAUUGCCAGAAGGAGAUCAGUUUGCUACAUGUGAAAGCUCGUGCAAACCACUAGUGAAGGCAGCAGCAACUGCUAUGUAA